AUGUCAGUUUACCAAAAAACCGUUACUCAUGCACCAGCAACUUUAAACAAAGCAAAUCAAGUCGAUGACGAUGAUGAUUUCGAAACUGAUCCAGAUUACGUUAAUGAUAUUAGCGAAAAAGAUACUCGUUGGGGUUCUAAAAUCAUUGGUACUGAUAAAGGUAACGGAAAAGAUAUGGAAGAAAUUAGAUCAAAUGCAUUCAAUAAACAUCAAACUAUAACCCAAGAAGAAUAUGAAAAUAAGAAAAUGCUUUAUGGUGGUGAUCGUGCUGCACAAAAUAAAAAAGAUUAA